AUGGAGACGAGUUUCGUAGCGGCUGCGGCUGGUUACGUCAUACAGCUGCGACACUGCGAUUCCAACAUGGCUUCUAGACUAGAGAUCAAUUUUAUUAGAUUAUUGUCUCGCUGUGAAAAUAUGGCGUCGGAAAAACGAGGAGAGGCUGAAUGGAGACUGGAGAAGUAUGUUGCAGCCCUGGUGGACAUGUUGGUGGCUCUGAGGAAAAGCCCAAGCAAACCGACACAAGAGAUCCUGACUGAAUACACAAGAAAAGUCGAUUUUCUAAAAGGACUUUUAGAGGCAGAGAAACUGACAUCACCAACAGAGAAGGCCUUAGCCAAUCAGUUCCUCGCUCCAGGUCGUACGCCGACAAUAGCCAAUGAGAGGAUGCCAGCCACUAAAACCGUUCACAUUCAGUCGAAGGCCCGAUGUACAGGGGAGAUGAGAGACGAACUGCUCGGCACGCGGACGUCUGGCAAAGCAGAUGGAGAUUUGCGAAAUAGAAGAGUUCUUCCUCUGGAUGAGCGGCAGUCUGCAGCCGAGCUGGACGCAGUCCUGCAGCGCCACCACAACCUGCAGGAGAAGCUGGCGGAGGACAUGCUUAACUUGGCCAGAAAUCUCAAAAACAACACUCUGGCUGCUCAAAACAUCAUCAAGCAGGACAAUCAGACUCUGAGUCAGUCCAUGCGUCAAGCCGACCUGAACUUUGAGAAGCUGAAGACGGAGUCGGAGCGCUUGGAGCAGCACACCAAGAAGUCCGUCAACUGGCUGCUGUGGCUGAUGCUCAUCCUGGUCUCCUUCACCUUCAUCAGCAUGAUCCUCUUCAUCAGGAUCUUCCCCAGGCUCAGAUGAUGAAGGGCCGGGCCCAACCCUGUACUCUCGGUAUCCUCUGUGGGCUUCCUGUGUCUGUGACGCAGAGGACUGAACCAAGCCGGUUCGACACACAGACAUUUCUGAGCGCUUGAAGGUGGAGGAGCAGCCGUCGGCUCUCAGCUGAGCCGGAUCAAGUCGGUUGAAGCUGCUGGGACUCAAAUGUUGCCUCGUUUAGUUCAAGAGGUUCUUAUUUAUAGAUAUUUCAACUCUUGUUUAGUGUUUACUGCCUUCUAAACUCUUAAUAACUGGUGGAUAACGAGCUAAUCAGACGUAAUAAUGGAAUGAACUAAAAGCUUCUUUAAAGGACGUCAGCUUCCAGUCACAAGUGUUGGACUCGGAUCUGAUAACUGACUGGACGAUCCAUUUAUAAAGGACACUAAUUGUUAAAGAUGUCAGAAUAUCCUCUAUUCUUUUUGCUGAAUUGAUUUACCUCCGUCGUCAAUCCAGAGCGUCGCUCGUGUUUUCUGUUUGAGUCUGGUUCAGUGAUGACUUUUGAGGCUGCAGCUGUUGAUGAAGUAAGUUUUUUUUUUUUGUUAGUAAAGAUUUGCUGCGUCCACACA